AUGUUGAGUUCCUUUUCAGCUACCGAUGUCCUAGCUAGAGUGCAGAAGGCCCUGCAACGCUAUCGUCCAAGGCGACUAUACCAGCCGUAUUCGGGGAGUCCUCUCUUCGACAAUUUCCUCGCAUCUCCUCAGUUAGGAAAUGUCGCUACGAUUCUCCUCCUCCAGAGUCAUGUUUCCACAUUUUUGAGUAAUGAGUACUCCAUCAAGGCGCCGGAACACGUCGUAGUUGAUGAAGCGCCUUUCACCAGCGACGACAUCUAUGAGAUCGAUCAGGUCGCGCUUGCAGAAAGCCUCACUCAAUUCAGAAAGGCCUUGAAUGGUCCCAAACUACGAACUACCUUGAAAGCACUCACGUCCAACAAGGCUCAGACGCUGAGUCUUAGAGCUGCCGUUCAACCCGUGGGUGGUGAUAAACUCGCGCUGGUCCUAACGCUCCGUAAGAGCACAGUUUUCGACCUGGUGUACAAGAAGUUUUUCACCAACCAGUACUGCAUGAGAUCGCAAAAAAUUAAUGGUGGCAAGUGCUCAAUACUGGAGCUCAAUUGGAUGGUGGCGUGCACUCAACAUCUGUUCGUCUCCACUGGAGCUCAACUCAUGUUGUUUGUCCACUACCCAGGUGGCACUAAAAUGAAUUUGAGUUUUGCCUCUGCGAACAGUUCCAUCAGCCAGGCGUUGUGCGCCCUCUUCUAA